GCUGUCUCUAAAGUCUCUAAUCUCGCUUUCUUGUAGGAGCGCAUCAUCGGGCAUUUGGAGACAAAACUUUCUUUUGUCCAAGUGCCUGAAAUUUCGAUAUCGAACACGAUGACUAGGUCGAAGAAGCCGAGGAAACAACAACAAGAAGGAGCAAAAAAGAAGAGAGCACGUCGAAAAAAGUCCUCCGUCCCUAAAGAUUCCUUCCUCGAGCUUCCCUGCUCCAUCUGUAAGGGAUUCGAUCAUGAAAAAGUCCUUCUCCUCUGCGAUACAUGCGACCACCCAUACCAUACAUACUGCGUUGGUCUUGAAGCUCUUCCUCCUGAAGAAGAGGAGUGGUUUUGCACUCGUUGCAGCAGAGACGUGCCACCACCUGUCACUCGCCCUGAAAAGGUGCUCUCCGCCAAUGAAUUGUUGCCCCAAAGUUUAUUUCCGACAAAGAAAGAGAGCGCGGAGGGCGAGGAUCUCGAUAAUCCCGACGAGAUGCAGAAGAAGGAGGCGUUGGCGACCCAGCGCGAGCAGGAGGAGGCUGCUAGGCUAUUGAAGCAGAAUAAUACAAAUAACACAGCUAGCAAUGCCCCAAGUGGGAUUGCACAGCUGAGGAAAUCUUCGGACCAGGUCCCUACAAAUGCUGCAAAUACUGGGCAGGUAGGCCAUCCAGACAAGACGAACCAAGACGACUUUAUAUUCUCUGACAACAUCUCAACACCAACUGGAAUUAUGUCGCGUUCUCCAGAGCUCAGCAAGAAAGAGGCCGAGAAUUCUGCCAAUUUUGUAGCUUCAGCAACUGCCAUAAAAAUGCGUGAAUCACCUACGGACCUCUCCCCCCAAGUACCAACCGUCAACAAGAUCAUAAUGCCCGACGACCCAGAUCCUGAGACAGACCUGAACGAAUAUUCUCUCGAUCAACCUCCUGAAAUAAUUCAUUACAAAUUUCCCGAGAUACCAUUUCAACUGGACACAUCUAACCUGGAAUAUGACCCGACAAUUACUUGUACAACACCGCAUCAGCAGAACUUCCCCUUCUCGCCCACACACUCGCCCCUCGUACAGCACGGCUCCUUUCCCGACAUAUACAAUAACGUCUCGAUGCCCUCUUCCUUAUUGAAUUCAAAUGACUGUUGUUCGACUUAUCCAUCCGCUGUCUCGACACCGCAGCCAAUUCCGGAAAAUCAGGAUGUAUACUUCCAGCAGCGCGACAUCGAUAUGCGACAUCAAAGGCCUCACACAUUCAGCCAUGGGCCCUCGAGCUUAUCGAAUUCUAUGGCUCCGCAGUAUGUGUAUAAUGCUAACGGGGGUUCGAUAUUCACUGCUGUGACGGCAGGCGGACAAUCGAACUCGUCCACUGCUGGGUGUUCCGGAAUGGCACAGCGUAUAAAUCCUUGGCAAAUAUUCCAAUUUGAUUAUCCAGCACGGUUGCCAGGUAACCCCAUGGGUAAUGAGAAUAUGUUCAGCUUUGGAGCUAAUUCUGACGGGGAUGAAGAGGAGGGUGGUGUGUUCGCGGAUCGGAUAAUGAAGCACGAGUCUGUGCUGUCACCAAUAGAGAAUCCGAGCAUGGAGAUGGAACCAGGUAGUUUUCAGUGGAAUGCCGAUUUAUUGGGAGAGUUCAACACACAGGCUACGCAUUAUCGUGGUGGAGGCUCUGCCGAUAUGGGGUCCGUUGAAUGGGACGGCUCAGGUAGCUCUCUGAGCAGAACGCAUGCCUCUACACAAUCGGUUUCCGACAAUCGUUCAAGGAAUGGAAAUGAUAGAAGGCAAAAUAUCCCACGGACGGCAUCGGUGCCAAACACGGCUUUGAUGGGACAGCCAGCCGGCAUGCUCGAGCAGAUGUCGAACCCAAAUUCGCCACCCGAUCUAAGUAAUACGUCUGUUAAAUCUGCUGUUUCGAGUCUGCCAUCUCCUAGACGAUCAAAGCACGGCUCUUCGAUGAAUCUUGCUGGUGCAGCUGCUCAGGACAAGAAUGGUGUUCCAAUGACCUGCACGAACUGUGCCACGCAGAAAACACCCCUCUGGCGACGAAACCCGGAAGGCCACUCACUCUGCAAUGCCUGUGGACUCUUCCUAAAGCUUCACGGUGUCGUGCGACCCCUUGCAAUGAAAACAGAUGUCAUCAAGAAGCGCAACCGCGGUUGCGGUCCAGGCCGUUCUUUUCCAGCUAAAGGACCCCGUGGAGAAUCCCCUGGGCAGCCAACGAGCGCAUCGAAGAGAAAGAGAGGCAAGGACCCCAUUGCAGCAACAGCCCCAGCGGCUCCCACAACCCAAGCAACAACCCCAACCAGCAAAUGCGGAAGGCCCGUAAACGAAUGCCACAUCCCAUCCUCAGUUACAGACUCAGACAGAGCAGGAGGCAGCACAUCCAGCACGGCAGGCUCCUCUAUCGCUGUAUCCAUGCCUCAAUCCCACGCAGACAUGAUACCGAAAUGCCAGCGUCGACACAGCGAGUCCGUCUCUGCGAUCGAGAGCACAGAUGUCGACUCCCUUGAGAAGCAUACGAGAUUUAAUGAGGCGGUGAAGAGCGUGGAUAUGGGUACAGUCAGCAGCAGUAAUAGUGGUGUGUGUUUGGGGACUGUGGGCUUGGCAGGUGGCUCCGGGACGGAACCGCAGAAUUGGGAGUGGUUGACUAUGAGUCUUUGAUGGACUUUUCCGUUUACUUACCUUUCAUGGGCUUGGCGUUCGAGUGUGUGCGUUCCUUUGCAUGGAUACAUGAUGUUGCGCGGGGUUUCCGAUCCACGUUUCAUCGAUUUGGGGUGGGUGGAAGAAUUGGGACUUGAUACCAUGCGGUUUUUUCGUUUUUGUUCUUUUGGGGGGAGGACUACUGGCUUACAUGAGCGGGCGAGCUUCUCAAUAUUGCUAUUGAUGACUGGAUGGGUGGGCUGUUAUGAUUGCAUACUUGAUUGAUUCGGGU